AUCGGCUGCCAACGGCUGGCCACGGUGUAGAACCCACCUGCCAAUUUCCAGCGCAUGAACCAUCACGACGCGAACGCGCUGUAGAGCCGACCCAAAGUCGCAUCCCACCAUCCAAAUGUCGAUCUGUUGACGGCGCAUUCGCAAACCGUCACCCAAUCCCUGUCGACGCUACCGCAAGAAGGCUCGAUAUGACUCUACACUCGUCGAGGCGCAAAAUUCCUGCAGUCACGAGCUUGUCACGCACAAUUUUUCGACCGUACCUGAACUAAAGCAUUUACAGCCUCCAAUACACCAUCUUUUGAUCCUGUUCUCCGCUAUAGAACGGAAAACCUCGACAAUGAACUCAAUGGCCCUCCCCCGAGCUCUCGCGAGCACCACCUGGCGCGCAGUUGCCGCCAAUCCUACGGCCCCGGCCUCUCGCGCGGGGUUCUUUGCCCAGCGAUGCUAUGCUACCCGCGCCGCGAAGACGACCGCCGCCGCUGCGCCUGCUACCGCUACCAAGUCCACCACUGCAGCGAAGAAGACCACGACCACGACGAAGAAGAGCGUGAGCACUUCUGCUGCUAGCAAGAAGGCUGCUGCUGCUACCACCACUACAACGGCUGCUGCUGCGUCCAAGACAACCUCGGCCUCGGCCAAGGCCAGUACCACCACCACCAAAGCGGCCGCCGCUUCGAGUACGACCCCGAAAGCUACGAGGGCUGUCAAGAAGGCCACUACGAGCACCACCAAGGCUACUACUGCUACAUCCGCAGCUGCUACCAAGAAAGCGGCAGCAGCAAAGGCUGCCGCUCCUCCCCCUCCUCCUCCCGCCCCUGCUGCUGCUCCCGCUCCCGCCGCCGCCGCCCCGAAGACACCAACCUCAGUCCCCAGUCCCGCGCCCACAGCAAGCUCUCCCAAUACAACCUCGACAGCAACCACCCCCAAAGCGGCCCCGGUCACGGCGGCGGCGCCGACGGCAGCUCCCAUCCGGCCCUACGCACCCACACCACCCCCUCCGCCCCCAGCCCCAGAGGCGGACGCCCGUCCCAAGCUGAACCCGAACAGCAAGGAAUACAGGAAAGCAUACGGCACGGCGGCGAGGAAGUGGACCGCGACCAUGGUGGCCAUGCCUAUCCUCCUCGUCACCUCCUACUUCCUCUUUGACAGGUUGGCUCUGGGUCAUGAAGCAAAAGUAAUGCCGGAUUUUGAAGGUGCUAAGAAGGCCGCCGAGGCGGAAAAAGAGGUGGGAAAGUUAAUGGAAGAAGCACAGGCGCAAGCCAAGGCGGCAUAGAGCCGUUAACCAUAACUAUAUUGUAAUGAUGUUGAUGAAUACCCACUCCCAUUCUUAUCUCGCCG